ACCACCAGUUGACCAAAUGCUCGUGCCCAGGAAUCACGUGAUGCUCCAGCAAGGAUGAAAGUCUUUGGUGUUCAUUAAAUCAACUGGGAAUAGAGACAGCCGGGCUAUCAAUCCAUCCAUUCUUGAUGCUGUCUGCUGAAUCGACGGAGAAAAAGUUUUAGUGAAAAAAGGCAAUUUUACAGGGCAGAAAACGCUGCUUUGCAAACUAGCUGACGAAAUUUGUUUAAGUUUAAGAAAACUAUGAUUGUAUAGGCGAACUCUUUCGCUUUCUAUCAAGGAUCUAAAAGUAUAUUUCAACAAUAGCCAUUUACUUCAAUAUGAAAUCUUGCCUGCUGGCAUCCUGAUACAUCGAAGGCAUAGGCAGAUACACCAACAAAUUGUGAUUUCAUCGUUUUUUAUUUAUUGUGAAUCUUGAAAUUGAAAAUGGAGACGUUUUACGUUACAUUAUUAAUUUUGCUCCUCUCGAAGCAAUAUGUAUGCCAAGAAACAACAACGCUGCUACCUACUCUAGAACCGACGGUUGAAGUUACAUCCACUGUUUCCACAGUGUUGGCCACUACUGUACGAGCUAGAAGACUCAUUAAAAAUGCGACGGAUUUGGAUGAAACCGCAAAAGCUUCAACCACUUCAGAUUCACUAAAGACUGUUAGCUCCACUUCUUUGGCAACUCCUGUGAGGACAGUAGCCUUCCCUAAUUGCGACAAGAGCUGGUCUUCCAUAGAUUACGAGUUGGUCCAUCCGGGUUUCCCAGAUGACUACUCGAACGGCAUGCUUUGCCGCUACUCCAUCAGGAAACACUCGGACUCUAUCUGCGGCCUGGAGAUCACCUUCAAGAAGUUCGACCUGGAGACAAGUGCGGGCUGCGAAAAGGACUUCCUCGCCAUCGGGGAUGAGAGGCUGUGUGGAAAUAUACCGGCUGAUUCCGUAGUGCAAUACCCAUUUGAUGAAGGAUCCAAUCACAUUCCUCUGGUUUUCGGCACCAAUGACAACGGCACAAAAGGGGGAUUCCAGAUCCUUUUCCAGCAAAUAUCUAUCUGCGAAGAGGACCUCAACGCCAUUCCUGCCAUCCACGCAUGCGACGUCCUCAUCACUGACCCUUCCGGAGAGUUGGUCACCCAUCGGUCGCCCGAGGACGCUCUGGGGGACCCCGUCUGCCGCUAUACCAUUGGCAGAAGGCACUCUGGAUAUUGCCAUGUGGAACUGGACUUCGUCGAUUUCAACGUCGAAUACUCGCCCGGAUGCAUUGGAAGCUAUGUUCAAUUAGAUGGACACCGAUUCUGCGGCACUGCACUUAGAGGACAAAGAAAAAAUGUGACUUUCGACGCUUUGGGCAACGUCCACAUCGUCUACAAAACCGACACGGUACGAAUGGACAGAGGGUUCCACUUGCUGUUCCGUCAGUUGGUUUGUCCUCCCGGAGAGCCGGUGCGAUCGCCUGGAGGAUCUGAUCUGGUUGCCGAUCGCUUACCCAGUAGCUGCAGCAAGAUUUACUAUGAGAAAGAAUUUUACUUAGAAAGCCCUGGAUUUCCUAAUUAUUACGCCAACGAUCUGGAUUGCCAGCUGGUCAUCCGUCGAUACAGACCAUCUAUCUGUAAAAUGGACAUUCGGUUCCUGGAUUUCGAUGUAGAGGACAGUCCGGGCUGCGUGUACGAUUAUCUGCAACUUGAUGCGCAAAGAUUAUGUGGCCGCAUACCUGAAGAUAAUGUCAAAACCACUGAUUUUCUAUCGUUUGAAAAAGUCCUCCGUUUCAAAACGGAUUCCAUCAAUCCUCGUCCUGGAUUCUUCCUAUAUGUCCGGCAGUUAGACUGCGGCACCAUUUCUCCUCCCCCCAUCGUACCAGGGUCUCCGUCCUCUUGCGAUGUCCAUGUGUGGGAUGUUCAGGCUAGAGUGACUAGUCCCAACUAUCCCCGUGAUUAUGGCAACGACCUACGAUGUCGCUACACCGUCCAUCGACAAGGGGAGCACAUCUGCCAGCUGAAGGUUACUUUCCUAGACUUCAAGCUGCAGAAUGGAAAUCCCGGAUGCUACAACGACUACCUGGAACUGGACGGCGGGUGGAGGGCUUGUGGGGACAAAUUUCAAGGCAUCUCAAGGACGCUGGAUUUCAGGACCCCCGAAAAGGUACUUUUCUUCAGCACCGAUGCGUGGUACACAUUUCCGGGAUUUCUGCUAGCCCUGAGGCAAGUGCCCUGUACAGAGGUCGCCGCAGAGACGGCAAGGGGUGGAGGGAACACGGCUUCCUGUGAUCGGGAAUUGGAAGCUCUCACUUUCGAUAUUCGUAGCGAGCUCUACCCUCUCAACUACCUGCCCAACCUUAACUGCAGGUAUGUGAUCCGAAAGGUUUCAGCGGCUGUCUGUCAACUGAGAAUUCGAUUUAUCCGUUUUGAUUUGGAGGCCAGCAUUGGAUGCAGUCGAGAUUACUUGGCUUUGGAUGGAGAACGCUUAUGUGGAGCCUUGUCAUUAAAUACAACGCGCACGCUGAGAUUCGAUGCGCCUGAGAAGGUUCUUGUCUUUCACACCGAUUCAGAAGUGCAAGGUGCUGGCUUCAUCGCUUCCGUUCAGCAAGUCGAAUGCCCCGGAGGUCUUCCACCUGACACGGCAACUGUACCUGGAACUAUAGGAGGAGGGGUCUCUCCACCAGUCUCGGGAGGAGGAGCUUGCAAUAGGCACUACACUGACAUUCGCGCCAGUUUUAACAGCCCAAAUUACCCCUCUCCCUAUCCUCUUGGUGUGGCAUGCAGGUAUGCCAUCCACGUGCAGCCUGGUUUCUGCAAUGUCGAGUUCAACUUCAUCGAUUUCUCCCUGGAACCCCCUACACCAGGACUGCCCUGCACUAGGGACUAUGUGGACAUCGCUGGCGUCCGAUACUGCGGGACGCAACUGAGGGGAGUCACCAAAUUGGAACCGCCUUUCGGGGUCGCCAAAGAGGUUGUUGUUACUUUCGUGAGUGACAGCUUUGUGCCGGACAGGGGUUUUCUGGUCUCAUACCGGCAGGUACCUUGUGGAAGUUCGAGAACGUCUCCACCACAACCAGGAGGUUCCACAUCCGAAGUGACUCCAACGGGCUCUGUGUGCGGUGGUCAUUUGACAGGUCCUUUCUUCGAAAUCAAGUGGCCAGAUCUGGGGGCCACAGGCGAUUAUGGCCAGACAGUGCAAUGCGUCUACACGGUUCACAGGCUGGGAUCGGAUACUUGUAGCCUUCGCGUAACUUUCGUCACUUUCGACUUUGGAGAUGGCAGGGACUGUCCCAGACAGUUUGCACAAAUAGGAACGCAUACUCUCUGCGGGCGUUUGCCAUCGUAUACAACAAGAGAUUAUGACUUCUUCGAUUACACGAUGGCCAUUCAAAUAACUUCUUCUCAACUUCCUCGCCCAAGAAUGUUGCUGCAGGUGCAGCAGCUUCCUUGUGGUGCCAGCAGCCCUGCUUCCCGCCUGCCGCCUCCCACCUGUGACGAGACUUUCCAGGGCCCGGGCUUCGAACUGAGGAGCCCCUACUAUCCCCAUGGCCUCACAGCCAGCGUCAAUUGCAGGUACAUUGUGAGGAAGGCUUCCCCUUUCAUCUGCAACCUGGAACUCACUUUCGAGAGAUUCGAACUGCCGGACAGCAGACAUUGCUAUGCCAGUCACCUGAGGAUCGAUGCAGACAGACUGUGUGGCAGCAUUACGCCUUAUACCAUCCGUCUCUAUGACUUCCAUACAUCUGAAAAACUGAUCCACUUCAGCGCUGACCACGUCCUUCCUGGGGCAGGAUUCCUCAUCAAAGGACGUCAGGUGCCGUGCGGGGGAGUACCGCCGUCUGCUCUCAUGCCCAUGACACCAGUCAUAGAUCCGGGGAGAAGUCCGGCGCAACCUCUUCCCUCAAGCAUCCGCUGUGACCAGAGUUUCGGUCUCGAAGAAUUUACCAUCUACAGUCCCAACCACCCCUUGCCUUAUCCGGUGGAAGUGCACUGCCGUUACGUCAUCAUUCGGUCGAGCUCGGACAUCUGCGGGCUCGAAGUGACCUUUGUUUCCUUUGAUAUCGAGGACUACUACCAAUGCCAGAAGGAUUACCUGGACAUCGACGGAGAGCGUCUGUGUGGAGUGCUGCCUUCGAAUUCAGUCCGCAACUACAUCUUCCACCCGGCGGACCGCACGAAGGUGAUGGUGUUUAAGUCCGACUACUCCGUCACAAAACCUGGCUUCGCUCUCAGGAUUAGACAGAGCCGCAUCUGUCCGGCCUCUGUGCCCUCCUUGUUGCCCGCGGCUCCGGGAGCAGUUUCUCCAGCUACAGGCACUGGAGGGGGCUUGUCUCCAUCCACUCCGAGGGAUGGUGACAGUAAUGUGUGCGGACCUUCCUUCUUCUCGUCACCUCGUGGCGUGAUUCGCAGUCCAAGGUUCCCCGGCGGCUACCCGGCUUCCCACUGCAUCUACACAUUCCUGCAGCUGAGAGGAUUCUGCACUCUCAAGUUCACUUUCAGGGAUUUUGAUCUCCUCCCAGGAUCCGACUGCAUCGUCGACUACCUGGAACUGGACGGAAGGCGAUACUGUGACGGGCAGCUCUUCCAGCAGUCUCGCGAAGUAUCGUUUCCAUGGAGCGACUCUUCGACGGCGACGCUCAUGUUCCACUCGGAUCGUGGCAGCUUCGUCCAUCGCGGAUUCCACGUGGACUUCGAACAGGUGCUCUGCAGAAGACAGGGCCGCCAAAACAGAGACGAGCUGGAUCAGUCAGUGGCUCCUCAGAACUCCACCGUCCGUUCGGCAUCCUCUCCGACGUUGGACUGGACAUCGUCUCUCUCCAGUUUCGAUGCAGACUGGGACGACAGUAAAACCACUCCACGGAACUCGAGCGUAGAGUACGUGUGAGCAAACGAUGACUUCAGUGGCCUUGAAAUAAACAUUUGAAUGGAUUUUAAGUGUGUACUCAAGAUCGACAUCAAAGGAACUGUGAUAGACUGAAAGUCUUUGCUGCUGUUAUCUUCUCUGUCUGCCACAAAAAAAGGAAUGGAUUUUGUUUCAUAUUUCAUCAAUAAAUAAGUCGUGACUAGUAAAAUCAACCAGUUAACGCGACUUCACUUCAAGGCCCUUAUUUUUCUUGUUGAAAAUGACGCAUCUUUCAAGAAUAAACUUUAUAAGCCAAGUGAUCAACAAAGAUGAAAAAAAAAAAAAACGCUUAUAAAUCUUUUGCGAACUUUAGAUAUGUUACUUGUAAUGUGGUGUUAACUCGAACUUAGUAUUUUUAUUAUCAUUAUAGUUAUUAUUUUUUAAAAGAAAGAAUUCUUUUCAUGUCAAUUCUAGUUGCUGCUGACUUAGAAUUACUCAUGCGGAUUAUAACUUGCAUUAAUUUAUUUCAUUUCUGUAGAGUCAGUCGAGAUUUUUUUUAUUAAAAAAAAGGUUCCAAAACAG